AUGGCACGGUUGAAAGAGAAAAAGAGAAGGACCAAGGUUGAGCUUGAUCAGGAGAGCCCCACCAAGGAAGGAAACAUCAGCGUGUCUCCAAAGAGCUUGUGGUUUACAUGGGGGUUGUUGAUUGGAGCAAUUCCCAACUUGUUCAUGUCGGGCAACUUCAGAUUCUAUGGCUCCGAUUUCCUUAAGGUUUUGCAGGCUGUAGACAUUGGCAGGGGGGUUGCUGCUGGGAACACCACAACAAGCAUUCCUCAAUGUGAGACAGUCACAGACACUGAAAGAUCUGCAUCAACAACAGUUACAGCUGAUGACUGGAUUGGGCCUCUCCUCUUUCCCUUGAACAAAGAGGGCAUGUUGGACCUCAACCCAUCAACUCCGAACUUGAUGAUUGAUAUUGGUGCUCGCAAUUCCGAUUACCUGAGAAUGUUGCAUACAGACGAGACAACAUCUCUGAUUCUGGUGGAUCCCCUUCCUGACAAUUACAUUCCGCUGACCAAGCAAGUGGCAGAGCAUGCCAUGGCAAACACACCAAAAGGAGGAGAAGGGUGGCUGAACCCCAAAAAGAAACACCAAGCACUCGUUAUCCGGGCAGCCAUGGGGGAAACUGAAGGGGUUCAUGAUUUUAACAUUGGGUCAGCACCUUCCUGUGGUUCUAUUUUGAAAACCGCAAGCAACAACUCCUUUUGGUGUUUUAAUACCAAGGACACCAUCAAAACAGUCAUUCUGCGACUGGAACGCAUUUUGAACCUUGUUCCACCUCAUAUCAAGAACUUUCACCUCAAGGUCGAUGCAGAAGGUGCUGACUUGGCUGUUCUCAAGGGAGCUGGUAGUCACAUCAAAAAGUUUGGCACAGUGAUCAUUGAAUGCUUCUUUAACAAUGUCACACACCACGAUGGAGAUUGCCGUAUAAACGAUGCUGUCAGGUAUAUGGACCAAUAUGGGUUUGAAGCUCAUGUUCUGGGCCAAGGCAUAUCCCAAGCAAACAUCUUGUUUGUGCCUCACAGUGGCGCAAUCAAUCUUCCACCUCUCUUGAAACAAACAAAUUUGCAAAUGCGUGAUUUGUAUCGCAAGGUGCAAUGA